GUUCGAUGCAACCCGAUUUUUUGUAUGCCCGCAUAAGUGAUCAUCUUUUAUGAACUGUCAAAAAAAAAGUUCAUCUUUGUUGAGUCCCGAUAUUCGGAUCGAAUAUCAUUCGGUUCUACUUUUUCCAAUGUGAUUUGGUUUAUUGGAUUCGAUUUUCAAGCUUUUGAAUACUAGUCUGAUACUGAUACCAGUCAUAGUUUUGGUUGAAUACUUGAAUGUACUCUCAUUUUCUCCAACCCGGUCCGGCUCUUUUCACCGGGUACCAUCUUGUGAUUCCUGAUGUUCAUUGACACUCAUAUUUUUACGUUUUUCAUACACUUGCGUACAUUCCGUAAUUCUUUUGUUCACCCUCUUGCUCAAAACCUAAACCAGAAAUCUAAAACUUUGCACAAGAUACAUUCAUGGAGAACCAAGGCGAUGAGAAUCGCGUUGACAUGGAAAUCGAUGAAAUACCCGAUGAAUUCCAGUGCUGUGUUUGCCUGGAACUUCUCUACAAGCCUGUCGUAAUUGGGUGUGGACACAUUGCUUGUUUUUGGUGUGUAUAUAAAUUCAUGAAUUUUCAUAUGGAUUCAAGCUGCCCAGUUUGUAGGCAUCAGUUUCAUCAUUUCCCCCGUAUCUGUGGAAUGAUGCAUUUCUUGCUUUUGAAGCUGUAUCCUUUGUCAUAUAAAAGAAGGGAAAUACAGGUGGCAGAAGAAGAGAAGAAAACAGGGUUUAUGUCUCCACAGCUUGAUGAUGAUACAUCAGAAGCUUGUAGCCAGGAGCUUGUUGUCAAAGGCCCAACUUUACCACUUUCUCUUGGGGGUUUGGGAAGAUCCAGUUCUCGAAAAGGAGAAGCUUCAUUACUUCACGACUUGUCUGAAAACACCGGAGGCGGAAAUAAGACUGAAAACACCAAAGGCGGAGAUAAGUUUAUUGAGCAAAAUGAUAAACAUUGGCUUUUAGCCUAUUUAAAGUGUGGGGUAUGCAAAUUGUUGCUAUGCUGUCCAGUUGUUCUAAAUUGUGGUCACGUUUAUUGUGGAGCUUGUAUCUUCAACCAAUGUGAUAAGUUGUGUAGAUGUCCAGUUUGUCAAACGGAGCACCCAAAUGGGUACCCACGUACAUGUUUGGUUAUUGAGCAUUUUAUUACAGAGCAAUUUCCAGAGGAGCAUGCAGCAAGGAAAAGGACUUACCUCCACAAAUCUGAUUCUGAAUCAACAAGUGGAACAAAAAUGAUAAAAAAUGUCCAAUCUUCCUCAGCUCAUGCCCGUGAUAUCAGAUCUUGUUUACCAGGGGAGAAACCUGUUCAUCAUUCAGUUGGCUGUGAUUACUGUGGGAUGACUCCAAUCAUUGGGGAACGGUACAAAUGCAAAGACUGCAAGGAAAAGAUGGGCUUUGAUCUGUGCGGAGAAUGUUACAGAAAUAGUUCAUCCAAUCUUCGCCCUGGCAGAUUUAAUCAGCAGCACACAGCAGACCAUAAAUUUAAUCUUAUGCAACCACUUCAAUUUAUAAAUGGCUCUUUGGGAACGGGCUCCCCUCCAUAUGAUCCAACAGGGGAGAGCUAUCCUUCAUCCCCUCCAUAUGAGAUGAGCUCUCCCGGCGGCCCCUAUCCAUAUGAUUCAACUGGGGAUUUCUAUCCUGCAUCCCCUCCAUAUACUCCACCGUUGGACCACUAUCCUUCACCCGUUCCAUCCCUUCCAUAUACUCCACCAUUGGACCACUAUCCUUCACCCCCUCCAUCCCCUCCAUACGAGAUGAGCUCUCCCGGCGGCCCCCAUCCAUAUGAUUCAACGGGGGAGUACUAUCCUGCGUCCCCUCCAUAUACUCCAACGGUUGACCACUUUCCUUCACCCCCUCCAUCCCCUCCAUACGAGAUGAGCUCUCCCGGCGGCCCCCAUCCAUAUGAUUCAACAGGGGAGUACUAUCCUUCAUCCCCUACAUAUUCUCCAAUGGGGGGUCAUUAUCCUUCACCCCCAUCCCUAUGAGAUGAACUCUCCUAUUUUUUUAACAUCUGAUCUAGUGAGUACCCAAGUUAACAGUGCAUUUGGUGAAAUUUCUUAAAAUGACCUGUAAGAUUCUGCUCCGGACAACAGAAUGGGCAGUGCGUAUUUGUCAAAUUCCUCUUGUGAGAUGGUGCAUGGGAGUAUCCCACACUGUUAAUUUGGUACUGGUUUUCUCCACCCUCUUAAGAAGCUAUGAAGAAAUCAUAAUUAAAAUCAUUUUAUUUUAAAU